UCGCACGUUUCCGCGUGCGUUAGGACGCAACGCGCCGGAAGGCGUGUGUGCACUGCGUCUCCGCCGUCAAUGCAAACGAAGUAAGAGGCACCGAGAGUCAAAGCUAAAAUCCGCAUUCAAGACAAGAUGGCAGGGUUGCCCCGCAGGAUCAUUAAGGAAACACAGCGUUUGUUGGCAGAGCCGGUGCCAGGUAUAAAAGCAGAGCCAGAUGAGGGGAACGCUCGCUACUUCCAUGUGGUCAUCGCCGGACCUCAAGACUCCCCAUUUGAGGGAGGAACUUUUAAACUUGAACUCUUUCUUCCUGAAGAAUAUCCCAUGGCAGCUCCGAAAGUACGCUUCAUGACCAAAAUAUAUCACCCCAAUGUAGACAAGCUGGGAAGAAUAUGUCUAGAUAUUUUGAAAGAUAAGUGGUCUCCAGCCUUGCAGAUCCGCACAGUGCUGCUAUCAAUCCAGGCAUUACUAAGCGCUCCCAACCCUGAUGAUCCUCUAGCAAACGAUGUUGCAGAACAGUGGAAGACUAACGAAGCUCAAGCCAUAGAGACAGCCCGAACAUGGACCAGGCUUUAUGCCGGAAACAAUAUUGAAGUCUAGAAAUGUGUGUGGGGAGACAAAAAGAGAAAAAAAGGAAGUCAAGAGUGAACACAACUCCAUGUUCUGCCAAGACCUAUUCAUUUUCAUGUAAAGGACACAGUCUUAGGAACAAAAAAUUAUGAUAAACUGUAAAGAAUAUAUUAACACAAAAGUAAAAAGAAAACUUCAGACAGUUUGUAAUUUAAAUGCACAUUAGUACAACAAAAAAAAAAAAAAGUCUUCGUCCUGGUUCACUGCUGUUGAGAUGCAUGGGCAGAUGAUCUACUCAUCCGGCUUUCUUUUACAGUGGUUGGGGAGGUAGGACUUCUGCUAUGAAGCGUGCAUUAAAACUGACUGUCAUUUGUCUGUCCCCUUGUUUUUUUGUGGGAGGGGGGGUAGCUUUUUAUAUUUCUUUUAACCUUUCUUCUUCUCAUUGCUCUGUGUUAAUGAGGAGCACCAGACUAGCCCCUGUUUAGAGCACCCUUUCUGUCAAACUGCAGACAUAGAAAAAAUGUAUAGGUUCACCACAAUGAAAAAGAGACGCAAGAUUUAAACCACAUGCAAACAAUAACUUCACCUAGAAAGUCCUUCCACCAUCACAGAAACUGUUAAAGUAAGUGUAAACCCUAAUGUAGACUUGAUUUGUGUUUUGGACUAUAGGCAAGUCAGAGCUAGAGGAAGGGAGAUUUUGCGUAAUAUUUCUUUUAGUAUAACAGUUCUGUUAAUGUAUCCAGUUUUAGUGUUUUAUCUGUCUUGCCAUCGCUGUACUAAUUGCACUCUUGAAACUCCAUCAUUGCGUGCUUUUUGUUUUCUUGUGUCCAUCACAGUCCAGUGCAUUGAGAUUCAUUUGUCUGUUUCUUCCCUUAAGCAUUUAUUUCGAUAUGCCAUGGCUGCAGGGGAACUGGAGACGAAUGAUGAAUAGUGAGGUUUUAGUAAAGGGGUUAGGGGAGGGAAUGUUUGCAGAAACAUUGCAAAAGAUCAAUAAAGGCUUUGUCUCAAUAUCCAAGAUUGGUCUUUGGUUAAAACAUUGAUUUCAACUCUGUUUGUAAGUUCCUGCUUUCUAUAGAAAGGGGAAAAAGAUCCUGCUUUUUAAAACGUUAUGACAACAGUCCACACACAUAUUUCUGUUCUUUCUGUAAAUAAAAUCUGUUGAUUAAUAAGAAA